AUGGCUGAAACUAGUAUCUCUGAGUCAGAAACUGCAACCAAAUCUCAACUUAUAUACCGGUGUAAGAAAUGCAGAAGAAUUGUUGCUUCAGAGGAUAUUAUAGUUCCCCAUGAGCGUGGAAAAGGAGAAUCAUGCUUCAAGUGGAGUAAGAGAGACAGGGAAUCCUGGGAUAAUAAAAAACAACCAGCUGAUUGCACCUCAAUAUUUGUCGAGCCUAUGAAGUGGAUGCAACCAGUACAAGAAGGCCAAGUGGAGGAGAAGCUUGUGUGUAUGGGUUGUAAAGCUCGUUUAGGUUACUUCAACUGGGCUGGCAUGCAGUGCAGCUGUGGAGCCUGGAUCAAUCCUGCUUUUCAGCUCCAAAAAAGCAAAUUAGAUGAGUGUUUUAUGUAA